AUGCUCAACCAAUUGAACGAAACAGGGAAGAGAAUAGGACGAAUAAACAGAAAGAAGAGACAGUUCAUGAAGAACGCCCACUACGAGGACGGAGGAGUACAACUUGAAGGCUCUCAAAUCGUGGACACUCCGUCAUACGUACACCUCGGACGUUCUAUGAACAUGGAAAACGACCUGAAGGAGGAACUGAAUAGAAGAAUGAGAGCAGCAUGGGCAGCAUUCGCAGCCGUCAGGGAGGAUAGGGACCAACUGUCGGACCAAGAUCUUCGUGCCCAUCUGUUCGACUCGACAGUCCUUCCAUCGCUCUGUUACGCAGCGGAGACAUGGGCAGACACCGCGGCCACGUCUAGGAAGCUACUUACUACCCACAGAGCCCUUGAGAGAUGUCUCCUGAAGUUUAACCGGCGCACACAACACCUUGCCGGUCUUCGUAGCUCCGACUUAAGAGGAAUGUCCCGUCUUCGCGACCCACCGGAAUAUGUAUCGAAAGCAAAACAUAGAUGGGCCGGUCAAUCAUGA